GGUUUUAUGUUUGUGGUUGAAGGAAACUUCAUUUGGAAUAAUAGAUCAGAUUUACUUUGUUUUUGUGUCUAUAAGUUCAUAUUUUGUUCUUCGUGUGGGUUUUAUAGGUGAGACCGUCAACUGACUCUGGAUGGACAAUGGCCGCAAAUAUGACAACUGUGUCAGAGACCCAAAGUAAAAUUGUAAUCACAAAGAAAUGGGCCAAAUCUUUGGAGAAAGUCAGUCUCGUGAGCUCUGAACCCUGGCUGAAACCUCACCUCAGUGAGCUCCAGAUAAAAGAUUCUCAGAAUUUGUCAAGCACCUUAUCUGCCUGGAACCCCUCAUCUGAAGCCAAGCACAAUUUUAAGACACUCCAGAGUUUAUCUGAGUGCUUGGAGCUGCUGCAGAAACUGUCAGAGGAGGUCAACAACAUCAGCCAGGGGAAAUGUAGCAGUAAAAAGAGGGAGACAACAGCAGAGGGCAGCAGAGAGCCAGAGAGCCUGGAGAUCAACAAGAGUCUGAUCCUGAGCUGGGCCUCAGAGCUGGAGAUGAACAUGGCCAACAUGAAAACCAGGGUCACAGAUGUAAAGAGCAGAAGAAGAGAGAAAGAGAGACCAGAGGAGGAGAAACUCAACGACAGACUGCAGCAGUGGGCUGUAGAGCUGAGGGAUAUUAAAGAGGCUCAUGGUGUGUCUGAUGAUGAGCUGAAGAAGCUGCUGUAUGCUCAAGGAUCCAACAAGUCCAGGAUGUCAGCCAUUCUUCCUCUGCUGGAGUUUGUGGCCUGGUCUCUGCUGGCUGAGGAUACUGAGGAAGCUGUCUCAAAGAUGUGGCUGCAAAGCAAACAGAAAGCGUGGAAGACAGCGAGUGGGAACACCAAAUACAUCCCGAACUCUGUGUGGCAGUGGAUUCAGAGUGCAACAGUUUCUGUAAAGUUCGACAUCUCCACAUGUCACCCUUGGCUCGCUAUGUCUUCAGACCAUCUGCAGCUCUCUGAGUCUGGGCCUUCCUCCUCAUCUCCCUCACAGAGUCAGAGCCCCGAGCAGCCCUUUGUGCUGGGAGACACCAUCAUCUCUUCAGGGAGACAUUACUGGGAGGUGGAGGUGUCGUCUGAAGGCUACUGGAGGAUUGGUGUGAUGUCCCAGUCCGCUCUGAAGAUGAAAUGUUACAACAUGUCCCCUCGUGGAGGCUUCUACACUCUGUGGAUGGCUUCCAAAUUCUGGGCGUGCAACGACACACUUGUUAACCUGCAGAAGGUGACCGUGCCUGCACGGAUCGGGGUGUACGUGGAUGUGGAGGAGGGUCAGGUGUCGUUUUAUGAUGCAGAUCGAAGGGUUCACAUCUACACCUUCUCUGAUACUUUUGAACAUGGUUUGAUCCCUAUUUUCAGGUAGCUGGACAGAGAUGUUGAGAUCCCAUUAUAUUGUAUCGUAUUUUCUUUUGACAGGAAAACCAGCUUCAUAUCUCAAGAUAACUAAAUAAGGCCAAUAUGGCCCCUGAGGGACACGAUCCUAGGCCUUCUUCAAGUCCACAAAAAACAUGUAGACUGGAUGAGAAACCCCAAGGUUCUGGGGUUGCUGCCACACAAGGCGCCAAUGACCACCUGGCCACAAUUACUAGCCAAGGCUUUCACAAUGGAGUCCUUGAACAUGUCCCACUCAGACUCCA